UUUCGGUCGUUCCGUGCAAGUAAUAUGCGAGCUGUAGUUAAUGUUUGAAAUUACGUGUUAUCCUGUUGAUGUUUAAACACCCCGUGGUGGUAUUUGUAUUUAUAGUGAAAGUUUGAAUAUGAAAAUCAUGUUAAAGUAAUUGUCCAACAGUUGGGAUCCGAAAUUAGUUGUUUCGAGAAUCCGCAUUAAAUUACAGUUACUCCUGAUCAUCGAAUAAUAUAUCCAUGAUACUGUUGCUGUUCAGUUCCUCUAUGAUGGGCUACUACAUUAGGAGAUCGAGUAGACUAGCACACAGAUGUGAUAUGUUUUGGAAUGUCGUUGUGAGUGUGUCGUUUCUAGUGUUGGUGUUAAAUAUCAAUGUUGUCAGUGGAUAUAAUCAGUUACAUAUCGGUGGGAUUUUUCCUAUCAAUGGGAAAGGUGGUUGGCAAGGAGGGCAGGCUUGUAUGCCAGCAGCGAAACUUGCUCUGCUGGAUGUCAACGAGAAAGAGGAUCUACUGCCAGGAUUCAACUUGACGCUACACAGCAAUGAUAGCGAGUGUGAACCCGGACUCGGAGCUAGUGUUAUGUACAAUCUGCUGUACAAUGCGCCCCAGAAGCUGAUGCUGCUAGCAGGCUGCAGCACAGUUUGUACAACAGUUGCCGAAGCAGCGAAAAUGUGGAACCUAGUUGUGCUUUGUUACGGCGCAUCUAGUCCUGCCUUAUCAGAUAGAAGUAGAUUCCCUACAUUAUUUAGAACGCAUCCAUCUGCCACUGUACAUAAUCCGACUAGAAUAAAAUUAAUGCAAAAAUUUGGAUGGUCGCGUGUAGCGAUCCUUCAGCAAGCCGAAGAAGUGUUCAUAUCGACUGUCGAGGAUUUAGAAACUCGAUGUAAGGAAGCCGGUAUCGAGAUAGUGACAAGACAAUCAUUCCUCUCCGAUCCAACCGAUGCGGUGCGGAAUUUACGACGACAAGAUGCUCGCAUCAUCGUCGGACUAUUCUACGUAGUUGCAGCCAGGCGGGUCCUGUGCGAAAUGUACAAACAGCAGAUUUACGGCCGUGCGUACGUGUGGUUUUUUAUCGGAUGGUACGAGGAUAACUGGUACGAAGUAAAUCUCAGGAACGAAAAUAUUUCUUGUACUAAGGAGCAGAUGAGAAUUGCUGCACAAGGUCACUUGACAACAGAAGCGCUCAUGUGGAAUCAAAACAAUCAGAAAACAAUCUCAGGGAUGUCAUCCGAAGAUUUUCGAAAACGUUUGAAUGACGCUCUGAUAGAGGAAGGCUACGACAUCAGCCAUAACCGAUACCCAGAGGGAUAUCAGGAAGCACCACUUGCGUACGAUGCUGUGUGGAGUGUGGCCUUAGCUUUCAACAAAACAAUGCAGAAACUUAAAGAAAUGAACGUGGGGAAGAACCUUAAAGAUUUCACCUACACCGAUAAGGAAAUAGCCAACACCAUCUACGCAGCGAUGAAUUCAACACAAUUUCUCGGAGUGUCGGGAUGGGUGGCAUUCAGCUCCCAAGGUGACCGUAUUGCGCUAACACAGAUCGAGCAGAUGAUUGAUGGCCAGUAUUACAAGCUAGGAUAUUAUGACACGCAAGCAGACAAUCUCACCUGGUUCAACAUGGAAAAGUGGGAUGGUAGCAAGGUACCCCAGGACAGAACAAUUGUGCGUCGUGUGCUAAGAACUGUUUCAUUGCCACUGUUUAUCUGCAUGAGCACCGUCUCCAGCUGCGGCAUUCUAGUAGCGGUAGCACUCAUCGUGUUCAAUAUAUGGCAUAGACACCGAAGAGUCAUCCAGUCUUCGCAUCCCGUGUGCAAUACCAUCAUGUUAUUCGGAGUCAUCAUCUGUCUGGUCUCAGUGAUACUACUUGGAAUUGACGGACAGUUCGUUACGGCUGAAAACUAUCCCAAGAUUUGUCAAGCUAGAACGUGGAUCUUGUCCACUGGUUUUACGUUGGCCUACGGAGCAAUGUUUAGCAAAGUUUGGCGAGUGCACAGAUUCACAACGAAAACGAAAACAGACCCUAAAAAAAAGGUGGAACCAUGGAAGCUCUAUACGAUGGUUUCAGGUCUACUUACAGUUGAUUUAGUUAUUUUGUUGACUUGGCAAAUUCAGGAUCCUUUGCAGCGACGACUGGAAACGUUUCCCCUGGAGGAUCCUAUUUCAUCCAACGAUGACGUAAAAAUCCGACCAGAGCUCGAACACUGCGAAAGUCACAACAACUCUGUCUGGUUAGGAGUCAUAUACGGUUUCAAAGGGCUGAUACUGGUCUUUGGAUUAUUUCUUGCCUAUGAAACCCGUUCGCUCAAAGUAAAACAGAUCAACGACUCCCGGUACGUUGGUAUGAGUAUCUACAAUGUUGUUGUCCUGUGCCUAAUUACUGCACCGGUAGCCAUGGUGAUCGCAUCCCAGCAAGACGCAUCAUUUGCAUUUGUUGCUCUGGCUGUUAUUUUUUGCUGCUUUCUAAGCAUGCUGUUGAUAUUUGUGCCAAAGGUAAUCGAAGUUUUACGGCAUCCUAAAGAUAAAGUAGAAUCGAAAUUCAGCAACGAAACUGGCGUAUCUAAGGAGGAUGAAGAACGGUACCAAAAACUUGUAACGGAGAAUGAUGAUCUGCAAAAAUUAAUUGCUCAAAAAGAAGAAAAAAUUCGAAUAUUAAAACAACGACUUUCAGAAAGAGAAUCGACAGUAAAAAGUGGACCGACACAAUUCAACGAGCCUCACGCCGGAACCAACAACGCUCAAUUCAGCAACAAUCAAUUGACCGUGGCUGCAUCGCCGGGAGUCACACAAGACCUUCGAGAUGAGCGAAUAUGAAAACUUAGUCAAUUCCCAGCCACGUGAUAGUUACUAGUUCUAGUAAGAGAAAAUAACUUUUUAUAAAAGAAAAUUAACGCGAUGAUAUGUACAUUGGCGAUGACGUUAAUUCACCCAACGAUUGAAACAAAACUUUCAGUGUAAAUUAAAAUUAAUUCAUCAGAUUGUUGUACAUCAUUCUCGUCCUGUUUUUUCUAUGAAAUGUUGAAGUUUUGUACAAACGUGUUUUAGCGUACAUAUUUGAAAAUGGUCGAGAUACGAAAAUCGUAAAUAAAUAAUGCAUUCGAUUCUAAAAAUCUUUAGACGAUCUUUUGUAAAUAGUGGUUUUAACAGAAAACACACUUGAGGCUUGAUGGCAAGUGAAAACAAAUAAUUUUAGCAGUUUUGUUCUUUAAUAAUGAAACGUUUGUAGUGUAGCAUCGAGCUCGUUUUGUACUUGUAAGCAAUGGAGAAUGAAAGCUACAAAAAUAUACUACUGGCUUGUGAAGAUUUAUAGAAGAAAUUUAGAAAUAGUUCAAACUAGCUAGAAUGAUAUUUAGACAUAAUAUUAAUAACAAAUGGUUAGAUAACUAUUACCAAGGAAUUUAUCAAAUUAAAUCGAUAGACAAUGUAUAUAAGAUAGAUAAUAAAAGUAACAAAUGGAAACGAUUCAAAACAAUCAGCAAGUGUAAAAGCGAAUUCCAUUAGACCCGUUCGUAAGUUGGCUUUGCCAGUAGUUUUAUCUGUCGGUUUUGAUCAUAAACACCGGCCAUUUAUGCUCCCGCUCAAGCGUAUCUCGCUCUCCGUCGUCGGUAAACAGCAAACGUAGGAACAUUAGCGAUUAGAUCUGUUUAGAAAGUGCCAGCUAAAUCUAAAAAGCCAAAAAGGUACUGGGAAUGAAUUGCCAUGGCUGGGAUUAUCUAUGGUUAUAACGCUUUAUAACAACUACCGUAAUUAGUCCAUGCAAUCUAAUUUGAAUUUUAUCCGCAGUCGAUGUUAAAACAACGGUCAGUGAAAUGCUGGCUUUGCAUAGAAGAGGUUAUCGCAUAAUUAAAUGAGACCUUACGGUUGUUCUACAUCGUUUAAAAAAUUCAUUAUCCAGGAAGGGUUGCAACACAAUGAACAUGAUUGGAUUCGCUCAAUUUCAGCAGCUUGAUAUGAAAUGGAAAAGAUCAAGCGAGGUCUAUUUCAUUUUAAGCUAGAAGGUCAAUGUCGUUUCGAAAAUGUAAUUCAUCAAUGGUUAACUACGUUCCCGAAACGAACUCCUCGACAUUAGUACAAAAGAAAAACUUGUUUACUAAAUCAUUUAUAUCUGAGUCAAUAAACUCCAAAAAUGCAGAACACGAGCAACUGAAAAAUUUUCCUAUAACAUUAUUCUAUAUACCACACUAUGAAAUGAAAAUCUGUAAACAAUAUAUCAUGAAAUGAUGUACAAACAUCUUGAGAUAAAAGAGGUCAUGCAAUUUACAUAAAUCAGUUGGUACAGUGCCCAAUCAUUAAAAAUUAAGUUAUAAUUUGAUGCCAUUGAAUCUGACGUGUUUCAGAAAAGGUAUCAAAAGUAGUUCAAUUGACAGCACGGCUUCUCGGUUGGAAGAAAGUCUUAUUUUCUUCUAAUUCGUCUUUUGGUUUUGUUUUUUAUUUCAAUAAAAAUCAAACUAAGGUUAUGACGACUAUUUGAAAUAAAGUGAAGAUCAGACGAUGCAAAUUUAUCAAACACAUCGGGCUAAAUGGCCCGAUGUGUUCAAUUGUCACAUAUUUCAAUUUUUCCAUUCAACCAUAUUACGCCUUGCAGUUUCAUGCAGUUUUUGGACUUAAAGCGUUUUGAUUUUAGAACAAGUGUUAUUGUAUUAUAUUCAACAAAAAAUGGUAUGACGAUUAGAUAAUUAAAAACAAUGCUUCAAUCCAGUGUAAAUGACGAUGACUUUUGGUUUACUGAUGUUGCUUAGAAAUCUAGUAUGUAUGUGUAUCAAACGUUCAGAACGAAAUCAGAUCACUAUUUAACUCAUCGAUUCGUUUUAAGUCAUAUGUUCGGUUACUCUAUUAUGCCUGGAAAUGUAGCGCAAAUUGAAGGAUUAUACGAAUUCACGAUCUCUGGGAAUACUUUGAAAUGGGAUAUUUAUUGCGUAUAAAAAUUUGCAUUGUCUUUGGUAACCAAUAACCCGACUGAAAACAAUUUUUAUCUUACAUAUUCGUUACGUUAAGUAAUUAUUCAAAACGAUCGAAAAGAAAUGUUCCAUGUUAUGGACAUGCUGCGGGGAAAUUUCGAACGAUUAUAACGGCGCACCGAAUCAUAAUACUUGUGUCAUAAUUAAAAUACUUCUACAAAAAAAUUGACGAGAACGCAUAAUAAAGUUCGAUGGUGUUUCAUCCAGAAACCAGAAGAGAUAUCAAGAAAACUCCACUUUGCCCCUCUUUCCCCUACAUGAGAAACAUAUAUAAAAUAUCCUGACUUACCAACACAUCUCGAACCGGAACAUCAGGUGGACUACCUCAGGUAGCUUAAGGAGUCCUUUAACACAUACCGCGUCACGAUACACUACAUGCUCUAUGACCCGAUAACCGUCGCCAUAGGUGCAUAGACCGAUCUCCGCGAUCCCAAUACGUCGGAGAUGCGCGCUGAAAGUCGUCCAGUUUGUCUUUUCUCCACGAAAUUGGCCAACUUUCGAAAGUUUGAAAAAUUCAUUGAAUCAGAUUAGUCUGCUAGAUAUAUCACCUUAUCUAAGGAGUCCGUCUCUCAUUUCCCGAUAUAGAAUAAUGCGACUAAGGAAAUAAGAUAAGACCUUUCAGAUAAAGCUGUCAAAAGUGGGGAUGCUUCCCUGUCUUUAUUGGCCGAAGGGCCUGUAUUGAACUUAAAAUAUCCGUGGCAAUGUAUAUAUUGACAGAUGAUAUCUGAAUGUUGUCUCAAUUGGACGCUAAAGGGAUGUUCAAUUAUUGAUGUUAUCUGUCUGUCCGAUUAGGAUUGACCGACGCAUGGUAGUCUCUUGUUAGCUGAAGGUCGCAAAAAGAAACAUUGACUAUUAGACUUAGUCGCGAAAAGGGAAAAGAUAAAUAUGUACAAGCAGUGCAAUGAUUAUGAUUCAAAAAUAUGUAUAUGUUACUUAACAAAUGAAAUAGCGACAUGCUGUUUCUAUACGUUUUGCGCAACAUGGCGAUCCAGUUAUGUUUCGAACCAUGAAAGGAAUCUUAAUUUUCAAUUUAUUAGGAUUACGUAUACGAUGGAAUCAGAACCGAAUAGUACACAAACUGUCGUCAAUCAGUAACAGCCAGAAGCCGAAUCAAUUUAAAAUAUUCUCUAUGUACAUCAAAGAGUCUAUAGAGCAGCAUUUUGUUCGCAGGAAAUUAAUUCACACUCAGUUUCGAAAAUUGCACAGUAUCAACGAAAAAGGAAACACAAGUUUGAGGCAACGGUGGCAUGAUUAUUGUGUUGACGAAAACUAUUAUUAUAUUAAAUUUCAGGCAACGCUGCAACACGUACUAUUAGAAACAAUUGCUGACUGACAAAAAUUGUUCAUGACAAUGAUUCGCGAACCCCCAGAGAUCCACGGACUGCAGGUUGGGAAUAGUUUUUUUUAGUUCAUUUAUGUCGGAUUUCGCUGUUUCAUGAUAUACAGCACAAUAGUAAUGCUAACCGGGAAAAUUUCCGCAAAUAUUAAGCUUCUACUUAAUUACAUUAAUUUCUCCUUGUUUGUUUUUAUUUCUUUGAUUGUAAGUGUUAUCAUUUGCGUUUGUACAUUCCAAAAUUAUUUGAAACAUUUGUUAUGCUCCAUGAAAAUCGCCAUGAAACAUGCUAGGAGAUUCUAUUGAUUAGACACUGCCAACCAGACAAAAUUGUUGAAAACAGAAAUGUGUAUAUACCUUUUAUAAAACUUUUGCCAUUUUCAUCAAUCGAUGAAGCACGGCAACUUCUGUAUAUUCAUCGAAUAAUCAAAACUCUUAUUUGAUACAGUCUAAUACUUGUUUGUAAAAAUCUCUAGAUGGCAACACCAUUUUAAUAACAAAAUGUUUACAAUAUUCAAACUUUGAGUUAACUCAGAAAGUUGUAUCAUGAAUGUCAAAAUCUUCUUAAUCUGCAGAAAAUGUUUACAUUGGAUAUUUAGUCCCAGCCAAGGUGAAAAAUAUUUUAGAUAAUGGAAAAUAUUCAUAGUUUUGGCAAGUACACAUAAAUUUGCACGAGUACGAAUGUGUAAUAAUUGAACACAGAGUAUGUUAAGUUUUAUAAAUUUCAAUAGUUUACCAGAUUAGAUACUGAAAUUAUCAUGAAUUAUGCAUUAGUUUUAUUUAAACCCGUAAGGAAUAUCGAAGCUAGACUACUAUGUUAUUUAUAUUCAAAUGACGCAGAAGCUAAAUAUUGAACGAUUGUUGAGAACUAAUACAAUAAGGAUUUUUAAUUUGUUGUGUAAAUGAAAUAUCAGUUUUUCAAUUUUGUAGGAAAAUAAAU